CAUAUUUAGUAAUACUAGAUACAUUCCUCACUGAUACAGCAUUAUGCCAUGCCAUGAUUGGUUAAGCUUGCUUUUUUCUCGUGACCAAAUAUUAAACUGAACUCUUGAAAUUCUAUAAGCACGAACAAAGUCAGAAUUCCUUCCUUUAGAUGGUUAGACUUCAUUUCCCGUGAACCCACGGGACCAGAUGCGUCAUCUUUCAAUCUGGCCAAUACAGUUCCGAACUGUGUGAGGCAGUCAGUCAAUCUAGUUAUAAACAUAUCCGCGAAGCCCUUUAGCCACGAAUAGAGUGUAUAGUGCAUGGAGCGAUAGCAUUUCAGAGGCGGAACAGUUGGUAUUGGCACAUUGAUGUCGUGAGCACGGGUUGUCAGGGAAGUUGGUCGAGACCUAAACGCGCCUGAAACAAUCAGCAAUGCAAACGCCAAGACGUUGUAUCACACUGGCUACUACGAUUCAUAUAGCUGUCAACGCAUGUUGAUAUCGCAUGGCAAUUAAAUUCAACCUUCAAUCAAUCAAAUUCCAAGCGUGUGGAUUUAGACAAUGGCUAAGCGAAGUACCUUAUUUAUAAGAAUUGUGGAGGGCAAAAACUUGCCAAUUAAAGACAUAACUGGAAGCAGUGAUCCAUACUGCAUUGUCAGAAUUGACAAUGAGGCCAUUAUCAGAACAGCAACAAUAUGGAAGACUCUGUCUCCCUUCUGGGGAGAGGAGUACAACGUUCACCUUCCCCCCUCAUUCCAUACUAUGUCAUUCUAUGUGCUUGAUGAAGAUUCUCUCAGCCGUGAUGACGUCAUCGGUAAGGUGUCUAUUAGCAAGGAGGCCCUCACUGCCAAACCACAAGGUAUGGACGGCUGGUUGAACCUGACUGAAAUUGACCCUGAUGAGGAAGUGCAGGGUGAGAUUCAUCUACACAUAUCUGUGCUCGGAGAUGGAGACGUCCCAACAAGACUCCGCUGUCAGGUCAUGGAAGCCAGAGAUCUUGCCAAGAAAGACCGCAAUGGGGCCUCAGAUCCUUUUGUAAGAGUCAGAUACAACGGAAAAACCUUUGAAAGUGCGGUGGUGAAGAAGACGCGCUAUCCCCGGUGGAACGAGAGCUUUGAGUAUGAGCUGGAGGACGCCGCAGCUGACUCUCCUCUCAGUGUGGAGGUCUGGGACUGGGACCUCGUCAGCAGAAAUGACUUCUUGGGGAAGGUUCUGUUCAACAUCAACGGACUCCAGUCUGCCCAGCAGGAGGAAGGAUGGUUUCGGCUGGGGCCAGACAAGCCCAAACACAGCGAGCAUGAGGGGACGCUCGGGUCUUUGCGGUUGCAGCUCCGACUCAGGGAUGAUACAGUCCUGCCCUCCAGCCAUUACCAGCCGCUCACAGAGCUACUUUGCCAGUCCGUGGACUCGCAUGUUAAUGGCAACUGGCCGGAUUUGAUCAUGCUGAUUGAUGAGACCACGACGGCCGAGAGUCGACAGGAAGUGGCCAACAACUUGGUGAAGCUCUUCCUGGGUCAGGGGCUGGUGAAAAAGUUCUUGGAUGUUCUCUUUAAGCUCGAGCUGGACAAGACCACUGAGCCAAACACAUUAUUUCGAAGCAACUCCUUGGCAUCCAAGUCCAUGGAGUCCUUUUUAAAGGUAGCAGGCAUGCAGUAUCUGCACAGACUCCUGGGUCCCACUAUAAACAGGAUUUUUGAGGAGAAGAAAUAUGUGGAGCUUGACCCCAACAAAGUGGAACUAAGGGAAGCUGGAUGUACAGGGCUUCACAGAACGCAGACUGAGGCUGAUGUUAUCCAGCAGAGCACCGUUCAUCUGCAGCUUUACCUCUCAGAGCUUUUAAACGCCAUCUUACAGUCAGCCACCUACUGCCCCCUGGUCCUUUGCCAGGUUUUCCAGCAACUUUACCAGCGCGUGCAGACUCGCUUCUCUGACCCUGAGUACAGGAAGGUGAAGUUCAUAGCCGUGACCAGCUUCCUGUGUCUGCGCUUCAUCUCGCCGGCCAUCAUGUCCCCGAAGCUCUUCCACCUCCGGGAGAAGCACGCCGACGCACGCACCAGCCGCACCCUCCUCCUUCUGGCCAAAGCCAUUCAGAUGAUUGCGAACCUCGACACUCUGGCCUGCUGUUCCAAAGAGCCGUGGAUGAACCCCCUGCAGCCCACGAUCCAGCAGGGCAUUGCCCAGCUGAAAGACUUCAUCACCAGGCUGGUCAGCUGUGACGAAGCAGAGGACCUUGGUCUCCAAGCUCGGAUGAGCCUCCAGUGCGGCAAAAUGGAGAAGGAGGGCUACCUGCUGCUGCACAGGACGAAAGACAAGUGCAUGCCCAUGACGUCGCCUUUUAAAAAAUACUUUGUCACGCUCAGCAGAGAGACUUUGUCUUACGCGAGGACCCAGCACUCCAAGAAGAGCUCCUUCAUCUCUCUGCCCAAGAUAAUGGCUGUGGAGAAGGUGGAGGAGAAAAGCUUUGGGAGCGCCAACGUCAUGCAGAUCAUCUCCUGUGACGCCGGGGGCCAGAUGGAGACUCUCUACUUGGACUGCAAGAGUGUGAAUGAACUGAAUCACUGGCUCUCUGCCUUGAGGAAAGCCUGCAGUCACAACACAGACACUAUGAGCUCUUACCACCCGGGGGUCUAUAAGGCAGACAGAUGGAGCUGCUGCCACCAAAAGGAUAAAGCUGACCCAGGAUGUGACAAAACAAAAGACGGAGUCACGCUGCAGGAGUGGUAUGAUCCUCUGGAUCCUGAUUUGGAGUCUCAGCUCAUAUACAGACAUCUGCUUGGGGUUCAACAAGUCAUGAAAGAAAAAUAUUUAGAGCUUAAAAAGCUACAUGAAAAUGAAGAAGGAGAACCUGAAAAAGGCCAGAGGAAAAUAGAUGGAGUCAUGCGAUUCUUCAGUGUUCUCCAGGACCUCCAUGAUUCACAUGUGGCAGUGGAGGAAGAGGAGCGCUCAAAGAAUAAGAAUAAUUUCCUUUUAGAGUUACAGACAUAAGAAGGACCCUGUACAGCAGGGAUGCAUUUACAACAAAGGGCAGAUCUCCCUUCAUCUUGGCAUGGCUUCUAACAGAGGCAUGUUGCUACAUUUUUAAAGGCCAUUACGACAUGAUUGUCAUCACUGUUGUGGUUUGUUUGCAGGAAGUGAGUUCUUGUUCUGGUCAGUUUUCUUCUGAUGUUCAUAAUGUUAUGCUUCAUUGUCUCCAUAUGAUCAUCAAAAGAGUAUUUGUAAUACUAUAUGCAGGAUCCCUUUAAUGGAAGUGGCAGUGUCGGUAUCUGAUGCAUAAAGCAGUAAAGGCUGAUGUCUGAUGUCUGAAGACUAAGGUGUACAGCACAUUAAUAGUAUCCAGUGCAAUCACCAGUUUAAAUUGCCAACUAGAGAAAAGUUUAUUUUUAUAGUUACAUAAACUGACGGCAGCUCUUAUUUUGAUUUUUAUUCCAUUAUCAUACAAAGCUAAUUCUUUCUAUGGAAGAUGUAGAUGUUAUCAUUUUUAUUUGUGUAUAAAUGUGUCUUCACAGGUAGUUUUUUGUAGAUGUCACAUGACAUUGUGUUUAGGUUUUGUGCUUCAGUUCAAUUUUAUCAUUUGAUAUUUUUAUAUUUAUUAUGCUAACAACUUGACCAAGUAAGCAUUUGAUUCUUUGAUACACAACAUGUUUGCCAUUAAACACUGAUGUUUACAAAUUGUGGAAGCAAUGGAUCACCGUUGUUUUGUUGUGUUAUUCUGCGUAGAUUAUGUAUGCAUCUUAAGUAUUAUCAUACUAUAGUAUUGAUGAUACCAAAAACAUCUUCAAGAUUUUUCAGACUGACCAGAGACAUUUAACAUUUUAUGAAUGUACUCAGCCCAUUUUUUUUGUUGUUCUCAGUGUCAACUCUGUUUUCUGUUCUUUUUUUAUGUCCAAAUACUAUGUGUAGCAACAUUUGUAUGGUGAACUUCUUAAUUGUGAACAGUGUGAAAAUUUUCUAUCAUUUGAAAAUAUGGCUGUAUAAUGCAGAAAACAAUAAAAAAAAAAGUAGUUUGGUGCA